AUGGCAGAGAGUCCUGUUGCCUUGUCUGAGAAGGAAGAGACUGAAACCCCCAGCUGGAGUUCUUCGAUCCUUGCACAGACAACAGAAGAUGUUGCCAAAGCUGUUGCUGCUGCAGCUGCCACUGUUCGUUCUCCACGGCCCUCUGUGAUUUUUUCAUCUAAAGAGGAAAAUGUUGGUAGCCCACUUCAGAAAUUCCAGCGCCAAGUGUCAAAGGUGCUCAAAGGCAUCUCUCCUCCUCGCCGUGAGAUGAGGAUUGGAAAUUAUAAUCCUGAGGUUCUAACUAGCCAAAAGCGGCAAUGGGCUAGUUUCCAGUUGCAAAACUUGGAUCACAGAGCCUUGAAGGAGCCAUCCAAGCUUUUUGAGAGCAUGGUCGUUGUCGGACUUUCUCCAAACAGUGAUGUUCAGUCACUUCAAAGGCAAUUCUGUUCACGAAGGUUUGAAGGUUCAGGUAGAUUGCAAACCACUCUUGGUUCUCAAAAUCAGUCUCGAGUAGAACCUCUUCUUGAGCCUCAGGUUUUAUUUGUUUACCCACCCGACAAGGCACUACCUCUUAAAUACAAGGAUCUUCUGUCAUUUUGCUUUCCUGCUGGUGUGGAGGUUAAUGCUGUUGAGAAAACUGCGUCCAUGAGCGAGUUGAAUGAGAUUUUUCUUGCGCAGGAGCACUUCAAGAAGAGUGACUUGUCAUUUGUUUUCCGGUUACAGGUUGCUGAUGAUUCAACACUCUAUGGUUGCUGUGUGCUGGUUGAAGAAAUCAUUCAAAAACCAUCAGGAUUGCUUUCUGUGGUUUCAGAUAAACAACCUUCAAUCCCAACUUUGAGCCGUUACGUACUUACAACACGGAGAUGUUAUUGCAUUCUUACACGCCUUCCUUUCUUUGAAUUGCAUUUUGGAGUAUUGAAUAGCAUUUUCACUGAAGAACGGUUGGAAAGACUUACUAAAGGUAUUAGUUUUCUAGACCCUGAUUGUUCUGGGGGCCUGAAGGAAGAUAGUGUGGGAAACAAUUCAAACGAUAUAUCAUAUAAUCAUAGAGAAGAAGAGGGUCAGCUGGAGAGACCAGCAGAGAUAUUGGAGCCAGCUUCAGAGGCUGCAAGUGGAGAAGGUCUGAUAGAUGGUGAAAGCCACUUGGAGCAUCAUGGUUUUGAGUGUAAUCCUUUAUUGAACAACAGUGUGAGGGAUAAUGAUGAUGCAGUUGAUUCAGAAACAGAGGGGGCUCCCAAAUGUGAAUCUGGUACCAUAAACCAUGAAUGCCAUAAUAAUAAUGAUACAGAUUAUUCAUCAAUCAAGCAACCAGAAAGACGCUUGAAGAACUUAUCGCUUCCUCUCCUCCGCUUAUACCCGUGCGAAAGCUCCGAAUCUUCUCCAAGCUUCCAGGGUUCUCCCAGUGAAGACCGGAAUUUUCGGAGUGAUAUUGACGAUACUGAAACCGAAGAGGCUUCUUUUUCUGGCCAGGAAGAGUCAUCUGAUCACCUUCACAUUCUUGAAUGGGCCAAGGAGAACAACCAUGGCUCAUUACAGAUACUUUGUGAGUAUUACCAUCUGCAUAAUCCCUACAGGGGUUCAGCAAUUAAAUUUCAUCCGUUGGAGCAUCUUCAUCCCUUGGAAUUUCAUAGACCAGAUGAGACAAUUCUGCGUAUUGCUGGCUCAACUAUUGAUUUGAGAUCUUGCAGUUCCAGCCUUGAAUUUGCUGAGGCCUACGGUGCACUCUUGGUAGAGGAGGAAGCAACAGCAUUGUCAACAUGGGCGAUAGCAUGCAUAUGUGGAGCCUUACGACUUGAACAUGUUUUAACAUUAUUUGCAGGAGCACUACUGGAGAAGCAGAUCGUGUUAGUUUGUUCCAAUUUGGGAAUUCUGUCUGCUUCAGUUUUGUCAAUUAUUCCGCUGAUUCGUCCUUACCAAUGGCAAAGCCUACUGAUGCCGAUUUUGCCAGACGACAUGCUAGACUUCUUGGAUGCUCCUGUUCCUUACAUAGUUGGUGUAAAGAACAAAACCAUUGAAGUACAGUCGAAGUUAACUAAUACUGUUGUGGUUGAUAUCAACAGGAACCAGGUUAAAUCACCUGGAAUACCUCAACUACCGAAACACAGAGAGUUGUUUUCAUCCUUGAGUGCAUAUCAUGCAAAGCUCGUGGGACUAAGCUUUUCGGCAAGGAGAAGACCAGUGUACGAGUGCACAGAUGAGCAGGUUGAAGCUGCCAAGGGCUUCCUGCGAGUACUUAGAUCUUACUUGGACAAUCUUUGUUCCAACCUUAGGUCGCACACGAUUACGAAUGUUCAAUCGAACAAUGACAAGGUUUCCUUGCUCUUAAAGGAGAGUUUUAUAGACUCAUUUCCAAGCCGUGAUCGGCCAUUUAUGAAGCUUUUUGUGGACACACAGCUCUUCUCUGUACAUACGGAUCUCGCUCUUUCUUUCUUUCAGAAGGAUUAG